AUGAGUCUAGCCGAGGGAUUGCAACAGCUGACUCAGUUGACCCAAGUCUUGGGAAAUGCAUUGCUUAACAAUCAAAAUGGGAACGAUGUGGCUAAACGAGUGGCAGCACGCCAUCCUCCAAACUUCUUGGGGCAAGAGGAUCCUGUCAUCAUGGAAGGCUGGAUCCGCACAUUUGAUAAGUUGUUUGAUGCCAUAAAUUGCCCAAUGGAACAAAGAGUGGACACGGCUACAUUUUACCUUCAGAAGGAGGCUGAUAAUUGGUGGGCUAGUGUUGGACUAGUACUACGUGAACAACCCGACUUUGGUUGGGAGAAUUUCAAGGAGCAAAUGAGAGAAAGGUUCUACCCAACACAUGUCAAGAUGGCUAAAUAUGAUGAAUUCCUGCAUCUUAGACAGGGAAACAUGACGGUGCAAGAAUAUUAUGCUGAAUUCUUGGAACUAGCACAAUUUGCACCUGCUCUAGUUCCAGAUGAGCCUAGUAAGGCUGAGAAAUUUGUUAAUGGAUUAAAUUUUGAGACACGGAAGAUUUUAUCUGCGAUGACAUUCCCUACCCUGUUCGCGGCGUAUAACAGUGCAGCCAAGCAUUAUCGGGUGCAACAGAUUCAGAAAGACGCGAUUGGGAGGAACAAAAGGAAGAUAGACGAAGAUGUCCAGCAAGAGAACAUGCGACCUAAGUUUAACCCUGUGGAGCCACACCAGAAUUUUCAAAGGAAUGGUAAUAAUAACAAUAAUGGGAGGAAUCGAUAA